CGUUUCAGGUGCCACAUCCGUGUGAUCGACACCUUCGGCACGGAGCCGGCCUACAACCACGAGGAGUACGCCACGCUGCACGGCUACCGCACCAACUGGGGCUACUGGAACCUCAACUCCAGGCAGUACAUGACCAUGUUCCCUCACACGCCCGACAACUCCUUCAUGGGCUUCGUGUCGGAGGAGCUGAACGAGACGGAGAAGAGGAGCAUCCAGCAGAACAAGGUCAACAACAUGGCGGUGGUGUACGGCAAGGAGGCCAGCAUGUGGAAGGUGAGAGGUAAGGAGGGCUUCCUGCAGAUCCUCCACAGGUACAUGGAGGUUCAUGGCACGGUGUACUACGAGACCCCGCCCCCCGAGGUGCCCGCCUACGUUAAGAACCACGGCCUGCUGCCCCAGCACGAACUGCAGCAGCUGCUCCGCAAGGCCAAGCUCUUCAUCGGGUUCGGCUUCCCCUACGAAGGCCCCGCCCCUCUGGAGGCCAUCGCCAAUGGCUGCAUCUUCCUGCAGCCCAAGUUCCACCCACCCCACAGCUCGCUCAAUCACGAGUUCUUCAGAGGGAAGCCCACCUCCAGAGAGGUGUCGUCCCAGCACCCCUAUGCAGAGCAGUACAUCGGCAGGCCCCACGUCAUGACGGUGGACUUCAACAACUCCCAGGAGUUUGAGUCGGCCGUCAGGGAGAUCAUGAGGACCAAGGUUCAGCCAUACCUUCCUUAUGAGUACACCUGCGAGGGAAUGCUAGAGAGGGUACACGCCUACAUACAGCAUCAGGACUUCUGUGAGCCUCAACCCCCCUUCCCUCCAGCCAACUCCUCCAGGCUGGGACCCGCCAGUCCGGGGCCUCUAUUUCUCCCCCUGCCCAACACCACAGCCCUGGGCUGGGCCGCCAACGUCACGGCUCCCCCCGCGUGGCCUCCGCUCAGCUCCCUCAGGCUGCUGGCGUCCCAGGAGGGCCAGUCGUGCGUGGAGGCGUGCCGGGGCGAAGGCCUGGUGUGCGAGCCCGCGCACUUCCGCUUCGUCAACAACAAGGAGGCCCUCCGCGGGCUGGAGGUGCAGUGCGACUCGAUGGACGCCGAGACCAAUCACGUGCUCCCGGCCUUCUCCACACUGCGGCGGGUAUGCGCCCUCCAGAAGGAGCCCCUCCUCUUCAGCUGCGCCGGACACUCGCCCAAGCACCGCCGCCUCUGCCCCUGCAGGGACUUCCGCCGCGGACAGGUGGCGCUGUGCCGCGACUGCUUAUGAUGCCGGGGGGGGGCGGGGAGGAAGGAGGAAGAGGGCGACGCCAGGAGGUGCCAACCUGAGGAACCACUGGAGCCGCAGACACCGCCCGCUUGAGAGUGGAUGGUGGGGCUGCGAGCUGAAGUUGUUAGGACCGGUUACGACUGGUUGUGGCCGGUCGCAAUUAGUUCUGGCGGGUUGAGACUCGUUGUACCAUGUCAUGGUUGAUUGUUUGUGACAGGUUCUAGAUUGUGCGUAACGGAAGUUAUAGCGGGCGAUUAUCACGGGGUCCAACUGGUUAACACUGGUUGUAGUGGGGAGUUGACAAUAUUUUUUUAUCCGACUUCCGGUUGGAGUACUAUCUUUAUGGUAAACACCAUAGUGAGGAGCAGGAAGUCAGCAGAGGAGAAGGCUGGACUGCCAGCAGUCAGGAUACCUAACCUAUACUUAACUAGGAGCCUGUGGCAGGAGAGGAUAUAUGUACAUUAGUGGCCAGAGUGUGAUCUCACUCAGACGUGCGAGGACCUGCAGUAAACGGUUAAGCCCGACCACCCUGACACCACAACGUUGAGAAAGACAUCGCCACGGCUACUGUCACCGGUGAACCUCAGAGGUCUUUCGAUGAAGAUGGGGGGAGGGGGGAGGGGAGGUAUCAAGAACAGAGUCUUCAAACAAACGAGACCUUAACAUGGAAGUGGACUAUGUGGGUCAAUAACCAAUCAUCUUUCCUCUCCCUCUGGGCUUGGUUUUGACGACCUGACGAUGGACACUCGGACCAUGAGGCAGACCCAGCCUGUUUAAAGAUAGCCCGUUCCCAUUUAUCUGACCGAGGCCAGGCCGAGGCGACGGACAAUGCAAUCAGCAGACAACUCCUGUUGCGAAAUUAAUGUGUUGCGUUGGGUGUAUGUGUGGGAGGGUGGCGGGGAGAAGGGAGGGUGAAAGAUUAUUUUUCAAUAAAGUGAUGAAGAAAUGUGGGUACCGAGCUUUGCUUCCGACACGAAAACAGAGGAUUUUUAAACACCCUCUUGGCUUUGUUGGCGGAAAUGAAAAAAAAAAAUGAAAUAAAAAAGACUUAAGUUAUACA